AAACAACAUUGUUGGAAUGAAUCUCUGAUGGAAUUUUUGUGUGUGCGAGGAAAAAACAAAUGUUGCUGGUGCCAAGCAGUUCAGUUCAGUUUAGUUUACGGUGCUGAGCGAAGCGGUUGAAAAAUAAAUUUUUUUGAAAAGAUUUUUUUAGUUUGUUACAAAUAAAGAAAAAAAGAGAAAAUUUAUAAAAAAAACUUUUUCAAAGUUUAUUGAAAAAAAUUAUAUAGAAUUAAAAGAAUUAUUUUUAAAUAAAAGUGGAAAUUACUUUAAUUUUGUUUUAAAUUUAACACAUCAAUAUUUAAGCUACUCGUACAAUUUGCCUAAAGUAUAGAAAAAAUGUAUUGAAUUUAUGAAAAAAAAGAAAAAUUUAUUUUAAACAAAUUUUCUAUGAAAUACAUGCGAGAGUGAUUUUUGACUAAAACGCGUUGAAAUUUUACUGCAAAAAAGUGCGCGUGUUUUUUUUACAAUCCAGCAAAGUGUAAUAAAAGUGUUAAAACAUAAAAUAAUCCAAAAUAGUUUUAGAAAUACUUUCGUUUACAAUUUAAAAAAUUACAAAAAUUUUUAAAAUAAAUUUUUGUUUGCUCUAAGAGAAAAAUUGUUAUAAACUUUUAACGAAAUUCUGUAUUUGUAAGUGAUUUUUUUUUUGUUUUAAAUUUUAAAUUUUUGCUCUGUGGAUUAUGUUUAUUUUAUCAUCAACAUGUUUGUAUAAAUUUAUGCAAACGAGUGCUAAUUUCAGCACUGCGUAAGAAAAAUAUUUCCAACGAAUUUGUUGCAUUCAAAUAAUGAUGCAGCAUGCGAGCGUUUUGUACUGUCAGCGCGCCAUUAGAAGUAUGCGCGUCCUCGGCCGAACAGCUAUCACCGGGCUCACGAUUUUUAGCUCUAAGGCUCUUAGGCAAUCAACAACCCAAAACUUUAUACUUCCUAGUCGAUGCAAAGAGUCGAGUCAGAGAAGUGUAUACACAAACAUGUCUACAUUUUGCCACACAAGGCAUGCUCGAUACCGAACUAUUCGGUUUAGCGGUAUUGAUAGAUGGCGAAUAUAUGUUUGCCGAUCCCGAGAGCAAGCUCUCCAAAUAUGGUCCAAAAAGUUGGCGUUCCUCACACACUCAUGGUCUAGAUGCCAAUGGGCGACCCCUCUUAGAGUUACAUUUUCGGGUGCAAUUCUACAUCGAGAGCCCGUUUAUGUUAAAAGAUGAAACCACCCGUCACAAUUAUUACCUACAACUAAAAUACAAUGCCCUACAGCGUGACAUACCCCGUGAAUAUGCCGAACAAUCGAUGAUUUUAUUAGCUGGUCUAGCGUUGCAAGCAGAUUUAGGAGAUGCACCCUGUAUUGGCAGUAACAAUAGUAAUAGCAGUGGAGGCAGCGGCAUAAUAAGUGGAGGUAGCGACACAAAGACAUCAGUGGAUUUAAAUGACAGCAAGUUGGAUGGUGCGUCUGGGGAGCAGAAAAUUAGUAAAACUUCAUCUUCAUCCUCAGCUACUACCACAUUACCAAAGAUUAGUAAACGAGCUAAUAUGGUAAAUGAAAGAGUGUUACGUUUAUCUAGCUAUAUGGCUUCUACGCGGGAAAAUGUUAUGGGUAUGGAUGGUCUGAAACGUGUUUUGGGAGCAGCUAAAACACCUCUCUCGCCAUCUUCCUCAUCAUCGUCCAUAAGUCGUGGACCCAGUAAUGCUUCCACCAAUGCUUCCGUCUCCACAACUGCCAGCUCUUGUAAUGAAUAUUUUCGUUUGGAAGACUAUCUGCCCGAACAUUUGAGAACCGCUUGGGCUGCCAGUGCCUUAAGGGCCUGUCAUCGGGAAAAUCGUGGCCUUACACCAGCCGAUGCUGAGUUGCAUUACAUACAACAAGCCUGUCUGGUGCACGAAUGCAUUAAUGCUCAUACAUUUCGCAUGCGCAUGAGUAAGAGUGAAAUUGGUCCCGGUAAUUCUUGGUUUGUAGUCUAUGCCAAGGGUAUUAAAAUAUUUGGCGCCGGAACUGGACCCGAUGGCCAACAGCAACAAAUAACAUUUCUGUGGCCCAACAUUACUAAGCUGUCGUUUGAGAGGAAAAAGUUCGAAAUAAGAUCGGGAGAAAGUAAAAUAACUCUUUAUGCCACAUCGGAUGAGAAAAAUAAAAUGCUUUUGACUUUAUGCAAAGAGACACAUCAAUUUAGUAUGAAAAUUGCUGCCCGACUCAAGGAGGUCAUCAAGCGUGAGGAAGAGGAAAGUGACUGUUUACAUGCUUGCUAUGCUUAUUCCCGUAGUUUACAUCUGCCUACGUAUAAAAAUAAAAACGAUCAAAGAAUAUCAGUUAUAUCCAGCACUAGUUCGAAUACGACAUCGGGUAUAGUAAGUGAUCGUGUGCAUUCGGAAGAUGAGUUGGAAAUAAUGAUCAACUCACCACCAGCUCCCAUAGCUGCUCCCUCAACCGAGAGUUUAGCUUUGGCUCAUUUGCUGGACAGGCCUAGUGUGAGCAGACAAACGUCUUCAGUGGGCCAGGUGUCACUUAAGGAUUUGGAGGAGCAAUUGGCCGCUCUCACGGUAAGACAACAACAGCAGAGUCAACGCAAUUCACCCACAGAGUUAAGUAAUACCUCUUCCACGGGUAAUUCAACCUCAACCAGCGGUUCUUCUAUACCCACCUCCAAAGGUCAGCGUAAUAACAAUGACUCUUCCACGGACUCUCCCUCGUCACAACAUAAUAUUGGCUCUCAGUGCUCCUCCACCUGUAGUACGGUGGUAGUGGCUUCCUCAACAAAUGACAAUAACACUUCCUUGUCUACUUUGGCGGUAAGAACAGGUUUAAAUACAUCCGACUCAAAUCACCAAAGGAAAAACUCCACUUCUUCCAGUUUGGAAUUGGGUUUCAGUCACACGGCCCAAAAUUCCACCCUAAGCGAGCCAGAGUCAUCAUGUAUAGAUCACGAUUUUAUAACAUCGACUCGAGAUGAAACCGAAAGUGUUUCGGGUGUUUACACCUUGGUGCAUGCGGUAGCUCCCACUGAGACUUCAGGUGUUUAUACCAUGCACAGCAGUGAAAUGACCGGACAAUCAUCGGAAAUAGCUGAAUCGGAGAAAAGCUCUCAUUAUGGCAUAUUUCAGCCUUCGCAAAGUAAGAUCAGUGAAGAACACAUGCGCAUGGAGCACAGCAAACUACAGGAUUCAGUAGAUGGUGGCAACUAUCAUGGCAAACGUAUGAAAAACAUAGAUUUUCGCUUGAGAUCCGAUUCGAAUAUCAGUACCUCUGAUUCGUUUCGAGGUGAUGGUAGUGAUCCGGCCGAUAUGAAACAUACGCUGCUCUCAGCCGAAGAACUCACGGAUUUAAUAGUGGGCCGAGGCUCGUAUCCUAAUCGUAAGACUGUGUCAAGCACUUUAGAUUCGGAUUGCGAUUAUGUUACGCUGCCAUUGUCAAUGACCGGAGAAUCCUAUAUACAGGGUCAUCAAGAUACCGCACCCACUGAGGAUCAUGUGGAGGAUUUAAUAAGUGAUUUAUUGCCCACAGAUCCGCCAGCACCGCCCAAACGAGUGGACAGCAAUAUGCCUAAUUUAAGCAAUAUUAGAACACGUUCUCCACCACCUUACAACGCCCGACACCAGAAAACAGGUCUGUGCGGUCCUCCCAUACGUCCCAUUUCAAGCAAUAUUCCCCCAGCCACGACCAAUACACCACUUAAUUUGCCUGUUAUUAAGCCACCUACCCCCAAUCAUGUGCCAUUAUCUUUAACAGAUACAAAACCGUUAGUGAAACCUCUGCUUAUAGCGAAACCUCCAACACCACCCAUACAGCCACCCGCCAUUAAACGCAGAGAUCCACCACCCUAUCCGGCAGCCUCUAAACCUAGACCAACAUCCUUGAUAUCGGUGGCCUCAUCCACAUCAUCGCUAAACCAACCAGGCUCAAAUGUAUUCACAAAUGUAGGAGGUUCCAUGACUUCCCUGAAAUCAGAAGAAAUAACAGCUCGUUUUAUAACCACCAGGCCACAAAUAAACAUAUUAAAAGCGCAAACCUUUAUUGUCAAUGAAAAUACCAAACCCAGCUAUGCAGCUCCAACAAACUGUUCGUCAGCGGCCUCCUCGACGGGAUCAAUAUGUAGCCAUCAUAUACCCAGCCAUUUAUCACAACAUUCGGUGCCUAAUUCCAACUAUGUAUCGGGCUCACAAGCCUCCUUGAAUCUUCAUCAUCCGUUGAACUCUACACCCACAACACCUACGCAACCAAACAACAUGUCACACAAUUCAAUGAGCGGUCAUCAUCAUGUAGCAACAGCUGGUGUACUUCCCAAUCCCAUGGGCAUACCCAUGGUAUCCUAUAGCAUUCACGGAGGUCACAAAAGCAUGUCAUCUCUGCAUCAGCAUCAGCAACAGCAACCACCUCCGCCACCACCACCUUAUCCAGCUGAGCUUAAGCAAACGGCACCAAGAACCUGUGUCUUGUUGCCGGUAAUCAAACCGAGGCAAUACUUGCCGCCGCCUCCACCCAGUCUUCCACGACAGCCACCUCCACCACCGCCUACACAACUGGCGGGUCUCUAUUCCAGCUCUUUGGCACGCAAACAAUUAGAACUCUACCAGCAACAGCUGUACAGUGAUGUGGACUAUGUCAUAUAUCCCCUGCAGGAUCCAGCCGUCAGUCAACAGGAAUAUCUAGAUGCCAAACAGGGUUCCAUACUGGCGGCAAUGGCUCAAACACCACCGCCUCCUCAUGCCCAUCACCAUCAUCAUCCCUAUUUGGCGGCCUAUCAUCAUGCAGCCGCUUCUCAGGCCUGGGAAGCAUGUAAAGGUCAUGCUAUCUACCGUAGCACUCCCUAUUUACCAUUGGCUCUUUCCACCCAUUCACGUUAUGCCUCCACGCAAAAUCUCUCGGAUUCCUAUGUCCAACUGCCGAGUGCCUAUUCGCCCAUGUACAGCCCCUCAAUGGCCAGUAUUUGUUCGUCUUAUGAACCACCACCACCGCCACCUUUGCAUCCGGCACAUUUGCAUGCAGCCGCAGCUGCUGCCGUGGUCAAUCCUACACCAGCGCCACUGUUCGCACGAUCACGUUCAGACGAUAAUAUUCUGAAUACGCUCGACUCGAUGCCGAAAGUGAAACGUCUGCCGCCGCCACCUCCACCGCCGUACGUGGACAGACGGCUGAAGAAGCCUCCAAUGCCGGCACCCACAGAAAGACCACCACCAAUACCUUCCAAGCCCAUACCCCACAUGAGUAGCGGCGGAUCAAUAAGCAUUCCAAAUGAAUCAAUUAUCACAACAACUACACGCAGUCAGUUGCCACCACGUAAACCCAUUACGCUAAGUGUGCCACGAAACGGAGCCAUUCAUAUGACAAAAACUUCCAGUGGAGCACAAUGGGCUGGAGAACGACCCAAACCCGAUAUGCUACUAGGACGUGGUGGACAAAAUACCAAUAUUCUGGCACAACUGCAAGCCUCGGCAGCAGCCGCCAAACAAAAUCAAUUACAUAUGGCCGCCACAAAUGGUUCAUCAUCAUCAACCACUUCUACAGCCAACACUCCAACACCCAAUGAAUUCGACAUCGCUCUAUUGAGAGAGAAAAGUAAGCAUUUAGAUUUACCCUUAAUAUCUGCUCUCUGCAAUGAUCGUUCCCUACUCAAGCAAACAAAAGUACUGGCACAUCCAAGAAAUCCUAAACAAGGACUAAGCAAUACAACCCUAAGCGGUACCACUUCUACCAGUCCCACCUUGUCGACAACUUCAACAAUAUUAGGAGAUAACGGACAUAUGAUUAAUAAAUUAUCAUUACCCAGCCUAAGUCUACACCACAAUAAUGGAUCAUCCACAACAACAAUAAGCUCAACAUCAUCGGGCAGUUUGACAGCAGCACCAACAACCGGCACGGUAACAGCAACUUCCUCUAGCAAAUUACUGGCAACGGCCGUGGCCAAAUCCCGUAAAACGUCUAUAAGUCAUAGACAUCCCAAUGACAAAUUGCCACCAUUACCCAUGCAAUUGGCCGAGGCCAACAACUAUGUUAUGGAUCCAGCAAUAUUAAAACAUCAUAAGAGCUACAAUUCUCAUACAUAACAACAACUACAAAAACCAAUUUGAAGAACAGCGGUGGCAAAUUUCGCAAUUUUCGUCGUUUAAAUUAACCUAAAAAUAAUAUAUAAAUAUUGAAAGGUAUUCGUUUUCGUUAACAGUAAAUAUAAAGAUAAAAAUCGUCUCUAAA